UUUCAACUAUUGAAUAUAAUAAUUUAAUGGACUUCGGGUGCUUAUCAAAUUGCUUCGGACAAAGAUCUAAUGAAAAUUCAGCUCUUCCAGACCUCAGGAAUGAGAAAAGCAAGGAAAAUCUACCACCUCCCAGACAAAUAAGUCCAGAAAGGCCACAGAGAGUAAAGAAAGAAGCUCAAAGAACUUUCUCAGUUCAGGAAAGGGACAAUUUGUUUGUGGUACAAGAAGAAGGCAAUCGUGUUAGAGCAACAUUGCCUAGCCAGAGUCCAUCUGAAAUUGAUGUAGGGCCAAGACCUCCUCAACAGUCUGGAGAGCAAUCAGAGGAUUUAGUAGCAUUCGUUAAUCACCAGCCUCAAGAUCCGAACAGAAUGCUCGCAGACCAAGUCAAACAACUAUCUGAGAAGAUAGACCAAAUUCAGGAUGAAAAUAAGCAAAGGGAUGCCGAACAACAGGAAGAAAAUAAAAAGAGAGCUGCAGAACAGCAAGAAUUCAUGAGGAGCAGCCUCCAAGAGUUUGAAGAAGCUAAGAUAAAGAUCGAAUCUUUGGAGACAAAGCUCAGACUUGCUUCUGAAUCCUCUAAGGCCAAGGAGGCACAGAUAUACCAAAACAUGUUCAAAUCCUUCAUGGAAAUGGAGGAAAGACUAUUUAACAGGAUGGAUGAGAGAUCUAAUCAAGUAUAUGGAAACGUUAUUGAACAUCUCGAGAAGUCAGACAAAGACAAUGAGAUGAGAUUCAGAGUCUUGCAAAAGGAGAUCAAGAACAUUAAGGACAGCCAAGGGAUAAGUCCAGAGAUAAGUUUAAUCUCAUCUUCUUCCAACCUCCCAGCCCCUCAAAGAAAUUUCAAAGAAGCUAAGAGCCUCCCAUUGGAACAUGAGAAAAUGCAUGAAAAUAACAAUGACACAAUGAUCUCUAAAAAUUUAAUAAAAAGACAUCAAAAUGCUCCUAUUGAAGAAUCCAAGUGUCAUGAUGAGUCUGAGUCCAACCAGUCGGUAUCUGAAGAGCCUGCGGCUGAUGCUUCAGAGCAAGCAGACGAGCCUGCCAACAACCAGGAAAGCUCAGUGUCGAUGUUGACUUCAGUAAUGAGCUAUUUCAGAUACAGAAAUUAGAGACGAGUGGAUGCAAACUCGUGAGACCACCAGUUGUGAUCUG